GUACCAAUGCGACCACCGAUGGCCCGUUGUUUUCGUUCACGCGACGAUAAUGUAAAAAUACGUAUUCGAUUUGAACGGUGCACCACUGUACCAUUGUAUUUUCAUACCUUUUUCCGUACGACUGGGGCGUUUUUUCCAUUUUUCAAUCUAUCCUGAUCGGAGUACACGCGGGGGUGGUUAUACUGGGCCAUCCGAAGGUAUCAACUGUGUGAAUUCAAGAGCAUGUUGCAGAGUCAAGAUUCCCUCCGAAAUCGUGCAAGGACGGAUACAUCAGAUGGAGUUCCACCUGGAGACCCUCACGAAACAGUUGAGGAAGAGCCUGAGCUUGCAAAUAAUGGCGGAAGAUCAGAUUCAUCGGCGAUUGAGGAACAGGAGGACGAGAGUGAAGAGGUUGGGGAGGUGAACGCGUUCUGGCGUUUGUAUGAAAUAAUCAUAUGGUACUACCGCUAUUUCAGCAACAACCUGGAGAAUAUCAUCGACGAGCUGACACUCAGGCUUUUUAAUUUCUAUUUCGGAGUGCAUCAGUAACCGCAGUAAAUUAAUUGCUCUCGCAAAUUAAAUUUUUCUAAAUUGCAAUCGCCUGCGGGAGUGCAUUGACUCUUCAAAAUAUUCCGGAAUUUAUGAGGGAUGAAAUUUUUUUCGAAUAAAAUGAGAUCCACGAAAUGAUCUCCAUAAAAAUUUCGCAAUCUACAAUAAAUUCCGAGAUGUUUAUCAGAAACUGAAGUUGAAAUGAUGUAUUUUAUUUUACGGCACUGGUACUAAAUUAUUGAUAAAACUGCGGGUAUUAUUCAAAUACUUGACGAGAAUUUUUCAGUACAUUCCGUUUGUAUUUAUUCUCCAUCGCAUAAAGUUCGCCGCAUUUAUUGCGGACGAGUAGGACUUUCCGGACGCCAAAUCGUUUAGAAAAAUCUACUUUUCAGAAAAAUAAAAAAAAUAUAUUGCCAUCCCCCCUAUUGUCUCCAGAUCUAAUAUCUCAAUUGACUUCAAUGAAAUAAUUUCCGUAACCCCCACAAAUCUAAUUCGUUUUCCUCAGCUUUUGUGUACCAUCGGCAACAGUCAGGCCAGCUGCUGUGCAGCUGGCUCGGAAAACUGGGUUUAGAUAUUCAUGAGGUGAUCGUAAAGGAUGCAGGGCAAUCUCUACGAGAACGAUGCGUUUGUAUUCUCACUGGGGGUAAAAAAAAAAUACUUUUUCCUCCGCCAAAAUCGAAAUUCAUUAUUUACAUCCGCAUCCUCGAGUUUUACGUCAUCGCGAUAUAUUCUGUUUUACCACUUCAUUCGAUUUCGCGAAUUAUGAUGGAAUUUUUGUUGACUCGUCAAUACGUCAGACAUAAAGCUCCGAUCGACUAGACAUUUCAUAUGAGAAGAAAUUUAAGCUGCAUUCAAACACGAAUUGUGAAGAAGAAAUCAUAUCUACCUUAGACAUCUGUAUUUUAUGUCGAAAGCUUUAUGUUACUGGUGCGGCUGAUACCUGGCAUUGUAUUGUUGUCCUCCUCCACCGUCUGUAUGAAACCACCGGUAUACACCGACCCAGUUCUGAUUCGGAAUGCUUCUCAGAUUGGCUGAGGGGUCGUGAGCAAGUUCAAAAAUAUAUACACAACAGUCUCUUUAUCCACAUUUCUAUAGUGAGAUUUUUAUGUCAUGUAUUCUUCGAAUAAACUCAAGUAUCUCUGACGUUUCGAAAUAAGAAAUGAAAUUCUAAAGACAAAAGCUGGGGCGAAUCUUACGUAAUUUAUACUUUUUGUUGGCAACUCCCCUCCUAUCCGGCUAGCGAUCUGUAUUUUUUAGAAAUCUACCGACAAAUGGCACAUGGACGAAGGAUAAUACCCCAGCAUUACAGCCUCCAAAGCUCCCCGUGAUGAUACAAUAAUAAUUAAUCAAUUCAUGACACAAUUAAAAUGGUAACUAUGACACUCAAUGUCAAGUA